AUCUGAUUACAGCUGUCCAAUGGAAGGGCUAAAUCAUUUUAUUUCAAGACUUUGACCCGGACACUUACUGCAGACUGAGGAGAGCUGACUUUCUGACACACACAACAGGUGCUGCAUCCUCAGCUAAAAUGUUUUUUUCUGUUGCCUGUGUUCCAAUGGCUGUGGUCUUUGGCUUGGUUGUUCUGGUUGUUAGUCUUGCAGUCUGCGCUGUCAUGUAUAAACGUAGAAGUGACAAGAAGAAAAAUGCAUUGCUUCGAAAUGAAUCACAAAGGAGUGUGGAAAAACAAUAUGAGGUGGCACAGGAGGCUACUCAACUCAGAAGACAAUUUGAGGAAGUCAAGAAAAAGGAGGAGGAUGACAAGAAGAAGCUUCAGUCAGUGGUUAACAUACUGAAGGGACAGAAGAAGAAAAGUGAGGAACAGAAAGAUAAACUCAAAGAACAACUUGAGGAGAACAAGAAGAAUCUUCAAUCAGUGGAGACAGAAAUAAAAGAGAAAGAAAAGACACAUGACAAACCCGAGAGUUUAUUAAAACAAAAGGAGGACCUAUUACAGGCUCAGUGGAAAUUGGACGAGAAAAAGAAAAACUGUGAGCAGCACAUACUGAACAUAGAUCAACUGCUGGAGCUCCUAGAGAUUCUGGUUACUUAAACAGGAAGAAGGGUGUUUCAAUCUGGUUGGAUUAGCAGAUUAACAGACAGAAAGGAACUAACAAUCAGAGCAUAUCAAAGUCACUAGAAGUAAAACAGGAGAACAAAUAAAGUUCACAAACAUUUCAGUGAAAAUAUAAUAUAAUAAUAAUAUGAAAUAAUAAUAAGAAAAGAUAAUAUAAUAUAAUGGAAAAUUGCUUUGUGAUUAGUUUUGUUUGAAAUUUAAAACUCUGGCUGCUUUUUGUUGAUGAUGAUUGUAAAUAUUUUUGAAAAAUAAAAAAUAAAAAGCUUAUGUGGAAAUCUUUUUCCCACUGUGAGAGCUUCUACUGCUGGAUUCUACGUUGAUCUUGAGAAGCCACAGAUCCCUGCUCUAAAGACUUCAGUCCUGUGCCUUCGGAAACUGUUAUAAAUCGCUUUUUCAUCAGUAGUUGAUAUGACCAAUCUAUUAUCUGACACCUGGUUAGGGUCUGGUUACGCACCAGACCUCCCAACAGGGUUUUAAGGUAUAUAUUUAGUCCUAAUUAAAAAGAGCCAUAAUGUGCUAUCACAUAUUACAUAUCAUGUAGAGUCAUAUUUCAUGCAAGCACGUACGACCUACAGUAAUUCAGUAUUGCCAGAAUUGUUCCUCCAUCCUGCAGGACUUUGAAAGGAGCAUGUUUUCCUUGAAUAUGUUAAAGUAGUCCCAGUCUGCCCUCUGCAGUCUUUCAGACACUUUUCCUUCUGGGCUGUGAGAGACGACAAAGAUAAAACCUGUGGUCCCUGCUCAGUUUUUAUUGUCUCAAUGGACUUCACCAUAUUUAAAUAGAGGUGUGGUAGAGAUACAAUAACACCUGUAGGCAAAAUGACAGUUUGGAAAUUUUCUUCACUGUGCACAUGCACCAAAAUUAAGAUAAAUUGAUUGAUUGUUUUUUUGUGUAGAUCCAGAGAGUCCUAUAUACUAAGCUUAACAGUGGGCUUCUUCCAAAAAAAUAAAUAAAAAUGUGCACUCUCAAAGACAAUAUAACCUCGUUCCAGUAGUUACUUUGCAUUUGUAAAAGACUAGAUUGUCUUUCUCUCUCUAUUGCAUGUUGAUAUUCUGUUUCUUUAUCUAUUGCCACUUUACGCAGUGAACACCAAGAGGCACAAAAAACGAUUCUCUCUGAUAAGCAAGUAAAUAUUUAUAAAAGGUUUCAAUAAUCUUUUCAGCAUAACACUUUACAAAGUGCUUUACAGGAGGGAGAACAGAAACAACGUAUUAUAAAAUGAAUAAAAUCCAAAGAAAGUGAGUGAGUCUGUUCAGAAGAGAAAAAGUUUGAAAUCUGUUCAGGUCCAAGUGAUAGGGAGCCAGUGGAGGGAAGCUCAAACUGGAGUACAUUGUAAUCUUUGUUUAGUUUUCAUUAAAAGCUAUUUUCAUGCUGUAUAAUAUACAUCUAUGUAAAAGCUGCAGCAGGCGGGAACAAUCAGAACACUUAUCUGAUUACAGCUGUGUUCACAGUACAAGUUGUUUUAUUUAAGGACUUUGACCGGGCAACACGCAGCAUGUUACACUGAGAGGAGGCGGCUUUGACACAAACAGCGGGUAUGUAAGCUUAAGAUAGACAUUGUUACAUGAUUGAAUAUGUAUUGGAAUACAUAACUCUAUUUCUUUAUAACUCAAGCUUUAGGUUUUUGUCUCCACAAUGUUUGCGUAGACCCAAGACUCCAAACAAAAUGUAAUUUAAGUCAGAUUUUGAACAGCGUGCCGUCUGCUGCAGGAAACACUUUCAGUUUUGUGAUUCUGAAUCCAAAAAUGACUCUCAACCCUUUGCUACACUGGAAUUUUUUAGCAUAAAGAAUUUUCUAUAAGAGCCAUAUACAAUGACUGUAAUUGUUUCAUUGUUUUGUGUGUUUUUUCCUUCCAGCUGAUUCUGUCUCAUUCAGUUCUACCUCCAUUGUUCUAUCAUCGUCAUGCGUUCUUUCCUCUUUCCUGCUCUUGUGAUUGUCUUGGCUGUUCCAUCAUGGAAAUACUAUUUCCAAAAUGAUGAGAAAAUAAACCAUUGCAAGACAAAUUUACUGGAGGAAGAGAAAGAAGGGGAAAUAAUGAAUUCUAUGGAUCAACCUGCAAAGAAUGACACAAAUCAGAACCCGCAGGACAGAUUGUUCAUCAAACCCACAUUCUUUAUCUUCAGCCAUGACACUGUUUUGGUUCUUCUCCUUAUUCACACGAUUGGAGCUGAGCGGAUUGGAUACAUUUGCACAGUGGGUUGUCACAUGAGCUCGGCUGGUGGACUACUUGAACUGGCCAUUAGUUUUAUUGCCGUUGGUUGUGCCACGUAUAAAUUGAAACGCGAGAAAGCAGAGUUGGUGAAAGAAAACAUACAGCUUAAGGAGUCACUGGACAGAGAGAAAGACCGGGAAGAUUUUGUUCCAAUACUGAAUGAGGUGAAGACCAAACUGGACAACCAGAGGCAUCAACUCACACUGCGACUGGAGGAGGUGGAGAGGGAGAGGGAAGAGAACAAACUGAAGCUUCGGGCAGUGGAGGAGGAAAUAACAGAGAAAGAGAGGACAUCUGACAAACCGGAGGAAUUAUUAAGAGAAAAGGAACGUUUAUUGCGCGAGCAAUGGAAACUGGACGAGACAAAGAACAAUACUCAGGGACAGCUACUGAACAUUGAGAGACUGCGGGAGCCAAUAGAGGUUAAGUUUACCUGAAUAUAUUGAAAGAAAGAAAUGACUAUGCAAUUCUGACUUUUUGUAGAGUAGAGGAUGGAAAAAGGAAAACAAAUAUUUAUUUUGUGGCACUUAAAUACACCAAUAAUCCAAAAGGAGUAAAAAUUCUAAACUAUUACCAGUAAUACACCAGGGAACUUAAUUGUUCUCUGACUCAGUGCUUUCUAGAGAUACUGAAUGAAAAAAUAACUAUAAUCUUAUAUGUUAUAACAGGCUUUACAACUGUAUUCAUGGUUCUACAAUAUUAGAUCUUACACAUUAGAAAUCCACACAUACAAAGUUCAACAUUUAUAGAAGAGAACAAAAAUACAAAAUAAUUUGUAACCACAUUGGUAGAAGUAGUGCAGGUUUGACUGUAAGGAUAUCUGGGCAAUAAGUUAGAGCUGAAUAAGACUUAAAGUGUUACUUGACAAAGUAUGUACAAUGGUGUGAAUGUGUUACUUGUUUGUUUUUUUACUUUUGUAAGGUAUCUUGGAAUAUGCAAACAUUUACAAAGUCAAAGCAUUCUGAGGAUCUUGUGAUAUUCCUUUAAGAAGAUUUUGUAGAAACAUUUUCUAUAUAAAAAUGCUUUUUGC